AUGUCCGUCGAAUCAGCACCGGCGCUAUUCAAGGUCGCCACCUUGGACCUGUCCCGGUUCAAGUCGAGUGACCAGCUGGAACGUGAGGCCUUUGCCAGAGACCUCGUCGAUGCGCUCAAGUUGGAUGGUUUCGUCAAGCUUGUCAACCAUGGCAUCUCCAGAGCAAUGAUACAAGAUGCCCUGUCCAUAUCAAAGAAGUUUUUCAGCUUGCCGGACAACGUGAAACGGCAAAUAGAACACGUGCCCGGGCCGUAUCCUCAACGAGGUUGGAGCAGGGUCGGGUCGGAGAGUACUGCCAUGCUCUUUGGUGCCCUCGAGCAAAGUGGAAAGAAAAUCACCGAAACAGACGCCAAGGAGCACUUUGAUAUCGGCCCUCCGUCCGAUGAGCAGUUCCCCAACCGAUGGCUGGACGAGGCCGACGUGCCCUCCAUGAAAACCUACCUAGAAGACUUUUUCGAGCGAUGCCACGGCGUCAGCCAGGCCAUCCUGUCGGCCAUGGAAAUGGCCCUCGAGCUCCCCCAAGGCGCCUUCACCGACAAGUGUCAGGGACAGUCGAGCGAGUUGCGCUUCAACCACUAUCCCGAAGCAUCCAUGAGCAACGCGCCCAAGGACGUCAGCCGCGUUUGGCCGCACACGGACCUGGGCGUGAUUACCUGCCUGUUCCAGGAUGGCGUCGGUGGUCUCGAGAUUGAGAACCGGCGAUGCGACGGAAAGUUCGAGGCCGUGGACCCCAACGCCCUCGACGAGCUCAUUCUGAACAUUAGCGAGACCAUGGAGAGGUGGACCAACGGCGUGGUCAAGGCGGGUGUCCACAACGUCAAGCUUCCGCCGGCCCUCAAGUCGUCCCGCCAGGGCGGCGAGGAGCUCGUCAUCCCGGAACGCUUCUCUAUCCCCUUUUUUGUCAAAGCGGACCGGGACACGUGCGUGGGGCCGUUGGAACAGUUCGUUUCGGAGACGCGCCCUCCAGCGUACCCUCCCAUGACGGCGUUGGAGUAUCAUGUCAAGCGCGUGGCCCAGGCGUAUUAG